CGUCACCCAGAGCCCUACACGGAUUAAAGAUGGCGCCCUCUCAUGUACUGAGGUGCUGUAAGCGGGCUCUGAACUGGAUACCUGUCCUGUUCAUAAAUCUGGUUGUUGGUUGGUCUUAUUACGCUUAUGUUGUGGAGCUCUGUGUCUAUACAAUCCCAGAUAAUGCAGAACGAAUCAGCUAUUUGGUCAUCUUUCACAUUUUCCUCUCCAUGUUUAUAUGGUCUUACUGGAAAACUAUCGGGUCCAAACCUUCCAGCCCCUCAAAAGCGUUCUGUCUGCCCAGAGCAGAGAAGGAACUAUAUGUGCGAGAGGAGCGAGCCGAGACGCAACAAGAGAUUCUGAAGAAAGUGGCGAGGAAUUUACCCGUGUAUACGCGCACGGCAGGAGGAGCCAUCCGAUACUGCGACCACUGCCAGGUAAUCAAACCUGACCGCUGCCAUCACUGCUCAACCUGUGAGAUGUGUGUGCUGAAAAUGGAUCAUCACUGCCCCUGGGUGAAUAACUGUGUUGGAUUCUCAAAUUACAAGUACUUUGUCUUGUUCUUGGCUUACGCCUCACUCUACUGUGUAGUCAUUUGUGCUACAGUCAUCCAGUACUUCAUCAAAUUUUGGACGAAACAGCUGCCUGACACACACGCCAAAUUCCACAUCUUGUUUCUGUUUUUUGUGGCGGCUCUGUUCUUUAUCAGCGUCCUGUCACUUCUCAGCUAUCAUCUGUGGCUUGUGGGAAAGAACAGGACCACUAUAGAGGCUUUUAGAGCUCCUGUCUUCUCAAACGGUCCAGACAAAAACGGGUUUUCCCUGGGUUUUAGACGAAAUGUAUGUGAGGUGUUUGGAGACCAAGGGAAGUACUGGAUGUUUCCUGUUUUCUCAAGUCUGGGAGAUGGACAUUCAUUUGUUACCAGACUGGUACACAUAGAUCCCGAACAAGCAAAAAGUGUCCUCCAGCAAAAUGGCAAAAGUCCUGCUGAGGCGGAGACCAACCCUUGUGGGCUUGGUAACAAUACACAACACAGUAACAGCAAGGAGCAAAGUGACGGUGGCCAGAUAGUCUCAGUGACUAUGGAGAGUGAGCCAUAGCAUGUAUGUGGAAAACGAAUACUGUAGAGUUUUGCUGGUUUGUCCUCCUCCUGUGUUGAUUUGUACUUUGUUGGCUGUUCCUGCACGUCACAGCCACACCAGUAAAGAGCUCAUCAACUGUUAUGCCUUAAACCAGGAGCAUCAGCACCUCUGCAGGAGCCGUCCUCCACCUUCAUUUUUUUUGACAGUGCAGCCUCAAGCCAGAUGUUUUUUUUUGUAUGCACAUUAAACGGACCAUCCUUCAUCCAGUGUGCUUUUAAACUAGCACAACAACAAUAUCACAUCAGCAGUGACCUUGUACUCUUCAGCAGUCUGAAGCCGAGGUGAUUCACAGGUUUUGUUUUUGUUUUGAGCCAAAGACAUUCAAAUGUUUUCAAAUCAUCCUUUUUCAGUAUUCUUCAAGCAUUAAUAACUAAACCUCAAGUCUGGUUGUGUUUGAUGUAGACAAGUGGGAGCCAGUAAAGCGAUAUUUGCAUGAUAUCUGAUACAAAAUGGUGAAACAUUUCAGCACUGUCAACAGUGUGCAAUAUGUUUUAGCAGUUUUAAACUCCAAGCACAGUGCAAUUAUUCAGACCAGUAGUCAACCAUCAAAUGGUCUAAUUUAGUUUACAGUUUACAUGAUUGAAAAAAUGUAAAGGUCUUUCUGUUUACACUUUUAAGAUGUUUAGUUUUUUUACAUUUCAAAUUUUAUACUGUGGUCAAACAUGUAGGUGAUAUGUUUCAAAUGUCAGGACCAAAUCCAGUUAAACUACAGUUAAAAUGGUUUAAUCAGAUAAUUCUUGAAGACACAUAACCAACAGAUCACAUAGUGAAGGGAAUUAUCAAUGAGAUUUUUCAUUGCACUAUAAAUAUAUUUAAUUUAUUUGUUUGCAAGCCUUGAUACAUUAAUUUCAUUGUUUUUAUGUAUCUGUUGAUUUUAUUGGAAUGGUUUAUGUUGUAUUUUUAUUUAUUUAGUUUUUUAAAAAAGGUAUGGACCUAAAGGUUUGUCCUCUUUGUUACAGAACAUUUUCACUUUCAUGAUCAAUCCUUUGCUGCAGUAUGUAUUUGUUUUUAAAAUUAAUCAAUCUUAAUCCCCAAGGAUUAAAUCUGUGUUCAUUCCAUUUGUUUUUCCAGUUUGAUUAUAAGAUGUUUUUAAGAGUUGGAAAGUAAGAGCACAAAAUUAACCAUUAACAAUAAAGUCAUUAAAAGAAAUGGUCUGAAAGG